CGAUCAGUUUUUGAGCAGACUUUGAAGAGAACGCACGCGUUGUCGGUUAAACGAAUCGAAACGAGACGCUGUCGCGUAAUGAAGCUGAGUCGAAGAGUGCUUGAAAGUUAUACGAAAACAAAUUUAUCAUAGCUAAAAAAAAAAAAUUUCAAAUUAAAGCAAAAGAAAACAAAAAAGUAUCGCAAUCGCACACCCCCCACUUGGAUUACGGUCAGCGCGAAAGAGAGCAGAGAAACGAGAAAAUUGAAUUGAAAACAACAAAAUUUAUAUGGAUAAAAAUAUAUAAAGCAAAUUAAGAGCAGUUUUUAUGUGUUGUGUGCUGUGUUUUAUUGUUAUUACAUCCAACACGCUGUGGAUUGUUGUGCAAGCAUCGAUAAAAGAUCUACAAAAUAUUCACAAAAUGGGCUGCAUAUAACGACGGAGCGACUGCAGCCCCCCCUGACAAUCAAAAUCCGAAUACCCAAAAGAAGAAGGAGAAGAAGAAGCAGCAGCAGCAGCAGCACAUUAAACAGCUAGCUAGCUAGCCAGGUUCGCUAGUGGGGUUUCCAGCUAGUUGUAGCCAGAAAUAAGCCAAACACAAAAUGCUGGCUAGCCACAUGCUCUACGUCCUCAUCGCCAGCUGUGUCAUGCCCAUCUUUGGGGCGGCGCUGAGCAAAACGGUAUUGUAUCAGGCUCCAGACGAAUGCCGCUGGUCGGGCGGCGGGGAGCACGACAUCACACUCGUGUGCCAUCUGCGCACCAUCAACUCGGAGCUGGAGAACACAAAUUUCAGUGUGAUCCAGCCGCAUAAUACGGUCCGGCUGCGUCUGGAGUGCAACGAUGCGUUAUUCUUCCAGAGCAGCCUCAGCCCGGACAGCUUUCGCUCGCUGGUGGAGCUCAGGGAUCUGACCAUCGAGUACUGCAAGCUGGGCAAUCUGACGGAGGGCUCCUUUCGUGGACUGCAGGAGCUGAGGAAUCUGACCAUUCGCACGCACAACGGCGACUGGUCGACCAUGUCGCUGGAGAUGGCCUCCAACAGCUUUGUGGAGUUCCGCCAGCUGGAGCGACUCGAUCUGAGUCUGAACAACAUUUGGCUGAUACCGGACGGCAUGGUCUGCCCGCUCAAGUCGCUGCAGCACCUGAAUGCCUCCUACAACAAGAUCCAGGACAUCAGCAACUUCUACUUCAGCGCCUCGCUCAGCUCGAGGAAGUCGCGCGUCUGCGGCUCGACGCUGCAGUCAUUGGAUCUGAGUGCCAACAAGAUGGUCAGCCUGCCGUCGGCCAUGCUGUCGGCGCUGGUCCGGCUGACCCACUUGAACAUGGCGCGGAACAGCAUGAGCUUUCUGGCAGAUCGAGCAUUCGAGGGCCUGAUAUCGCUGCGCGUCGUCGAUCUGUCGGCGAACCGCUUGACCUCGCUGCCCCCGGAGCUGUUUGCCGAGACCAAGCAGCUGCAGGAGAUAUAUUUGAAGAACAACUCGAUCAAUGUGCUGGCACCGGGCAUCUUUGGCGAGCUGGCCGAGCUGCUGGUGCUCGACCUGGCCAACAAUGAGCUCAACUCGCAGUGGAUCAACGCGGCCACGUUUGUGGGAUUGAAGCAGCUGGUGCUGCUGGAUCUGUCGGCCAACAAGAUCAGUCGCCUGGAGGCGCACAUCUUCCGGCCGCUGGCCAGUCUGCAAGUGCUGAAGCUGGAGGGCAACUACAUAGAUCAGCUGCCCGCUGGCAUCUUUGCCGAUCUGGGCAAUCUGCAUACGCUGAUCCUCUCCAACAAUCGCAUCUCUGUGAUCGAGCAGCGCACGCUGCAGGGCCUGAACAAUCUGCAGGUGCUCUCCCUGGACUACAAUCGCUUGACGCGCCUGGACACGCGCGCCCUGAUCAACUGCAGUCAGCUGCAGGACUUGCAUCUGAACGACAACAAGCUGCAGGCGGUGCCGGAGGCGCUGGCCCAUGUGCCACUGCUGAAGACGCUCGAUGUGGGCGAGAACAUGAUUACGCAAAUAGAGAACACGAGCAUCACUCAACUGGAGAAUCUCUAUGGGCUGCGCAUGACGGAGAACUCGCUGACGCAUAUACGCCGCGGCGUCUUCGACCGCAUGAGCUCACUGCAAAUAUUGAAUCUGUCGGGCAACAAGCUGAAGUCGAUCGAGGCGGGCGCGCUGCAGCGGAAUACCCAAUUGCAGGCCAUACGGCUGGACGGGAAUCAGCUGAAGAGCAUCGCCGGCCUGUUCACCGAGCUGCCCAAUCUGGUGUGGCUGAAUAUAUCGGGUAAUCGAUUGGAGAAAUUCGAUUAUUCGCACAUACCCAUCGGCCUGCAGUGGCUGGAUGUGCGUGCCAAUCGGAUCACGCAGCUGGGCAACUACUUCGAGAUCGAGAACGAGCUGAGCCUGAGCACCUUCGAUGCCAGCUACAAUUUGCUGAGCGAGAUCACGGCCAGCUCGAUACCGAACAGCGUGGAGGUGCUCUAUCUGAACGACAAUCUGAUCAGCAAGAUACAGCCAUAUACGUUCUUCAAGAAGCCCAAUCUCACGCGCGUCGAUCUCGUGCGGAACAAGCUGACCACGCUGGAGCCGAACGCCCUCCGACUGUCCCCCAUAGCCGAGGAUCGCGAGAUUCCCGAGUUCUACAUUGGCCACAAUGCCUACCAGUGCGAUUGCAAUCUCGACUGGCUGCAGAAGAUCAAUCGGGAGUCACGCACGCAGCCGCAGCUCAUGGAUCUCGAUCAGAUCUAUUGCAAAUUGUCUUAUGCACGCGGCGCCACGCAUCUCUCGCUGAUCGAGGCCAAGUCCAACGACUUCUUAUGCAAAUACGAGUCGCACUGCUUUGCCCUCUGCCACUGCUGCGACUUUCAGGCCUGCGACUGCAAAAUGGAGUGCCCCGAUCGCUGCUCCUGCUAUCACGAUCAGUCCUGGACCUCCAAUGUGGUCGACUGCAGUCGCGCCAGCUACGAUCGCUCGCUGCCCUCGCACAUACCCAUGGACGCCACGCAGCUCUAUUUGGAUGGCAAUCACUUUGCGGAGCUGCAGAGCCACGCGUUCAUCGGACGCAAGCGCUUGAAGGUGCUGCACCUGAAUCACUCGCGCAUCGAGACGCUGCACAAUCGCACCUUCUACGGCCUGCUCGAGCUGGAGGUGCUGCAGCUCCAGAACAACCAGCUGAGCGCGCUCAACGGCAACGAGUUCCAGGGCCUGGACAAUCUCCAAGAGCUCUACCUGCAGCACAAUGCCAUUGCGACCAUAGACACGCUCACCUUUACCCAUCUGUACCACUUGAAGAUCCUGCGGCUCGAUCACAAUGCCAUUGGCACCUUCGCCGUGUGGAACUUCCUGCCCAGCUACCUGAAUGAGCUGCGCCUCUCUGGCAAUCCCUGGAGCUGCCAGUGCGAGCUCAUCGACAAGCUGCGCGACUACGCGAACCGGCACGAGUACGUGCUCGAUCGCCAGCAGCUGCGCUGCGAAAUGCCCGGCAACAGCACGCAGCAGCAGGCCGUGCAGAUGGCGAUCUUCGCGGCGGCCGGCGAGACGCUGCCCGUGGUGCAGUGCAGCCAGACGCUGCAGCUGGGCCUGGACAACAGCUUCAAUGCUGCGGAGCGAGCCGGUGCGGGCGCUGGCGCUGGCGAGGCGGCUGGCGGCAAUAUGACCUCCACCAAGAUGAUACUCACGCAGCCGCCCAAGCAGGACUACAUACCCAUUCUGGUGGCCAUACUGACCGCCUUCAUCUUCAUCAUGAUCUGCACGCUGCUGGUGUUCAUCUUCCGGCAGGAGAUGCGCGUCUGGUGCCACUCGCGGUUCGGCGUGCGGCUCUUCUACAACGGCCAGAAGGAUGUGGACAAGAACGAGCGGGAGAAGCUCUUCGAUGCAUUCAUCUCGUACUCGUCCAAGGAUGAGCUGUUCGUGAACGAGGAGCUGGCGCCCAUGCUGGAGCUGGGCGAGCACCGCUACAAGCUGUGCCUGCAUCAGCGCGACUUUCCCGUGGGCGGCUACCUGCCCGAGACCAUUGUUCAGGCCAUCGACAGCAGUCGGCGCACCAUCAUGGUCGUCUCCGAGAACUUCAUCAAGUCGGAGUGGUGCCGCUUCGAGUUCAAGUCGGCGCAUCAGUCGGUGCUGCGCGAUCGCCGGCGACGCCUCAUCGUCAUUGUGCUGGGCGAGGUGCCGCAGAAGGAGCUGGACCCGGAUCUGCGGCUCUACCUGAAGACCAACACCUAUUUGCAGUGGGGCGACAAGCUCUUCUGGCAGAAGCUGCGCUUCGCUCUGCCCGAUGUUAGCACCUCGCACCACGCCCAGCGCUCGGGCCAGCCCUGCCAUGCGCCCAUCAACCAUCCCGCCUACCAUCAUCAUCACCAUCUGCAGCAGCAGCAGCAGCAGCAUCUCCAGCAGCAGCACCAGCAGCAGCAGCUGCCGUUGCAUGCAGCGCACUCUGUGCCGCAUCCGCAUCAUCAUCAGCAGCAGUUCAUGCUGCCCCCGCCGCCGCUGCCCCUGCAGCCGGGCAGCUUCCGGCGACAGCCCUCCACACAGCAGCAGCAUCGCUCCAAUGCGAACAUCAACAACAACCAACAGCAGCAGCAGCAGCAGCAGCAGCAGCAGCAGGCAGCGCUGCUCAUGGGCGGCGGCGGUGGAGGAGGAGGAGGAGGAGGAGGCGGCGGAGGUGUUGUUCCGGGCGCCCAGUCACAGAUGAUUCCCCUGGCGGGCGGCAUACAGCAGCAGAGUCUGCCGCUGCCGCCGCAGGGGACGUCGCAGCCGACGCCAGCGUCGCGCAAUUUGCACAUGUGAGUGAGUGAGAUAGGUGAAAAGAGAGAAAGAGAUGCAAUUUCGUUGUCUAAUUAGAAUUUUUGCUAAGGCUUAAUAGAGUUUAAGCGCAAGUCCAAAAAGAAAGAGACAAAGUGAGUUAGAGAGUGAGAGAGACAGCAGGAAGCAGUCACUUUGAAAGUUCACAUUUGACUCAGUUCAGCGCUGGUUCAGUUCCUAACUGGUUCAAAAAGCAAAAGUUGCAAAGAAAGUUCAGGCGAGUAAC